AUGGCUUUGACCUUGGACACGGUAAUGCCAGGGGUGUUUAUACUCUUCAUUGUCAUGGGCGUCGUCUGGUUGAUUUGUUUCAUGCUGGCCUAUGGCUGCAAAUCGAAAAAACAUGUUGAUGAUCUGGAUGAAGAGCAAGGAGACGUCGUGGUGAAUCGGGAGGAAAACUAUGAAAGCAUUUUCGUCAAUCCUCCCCACCAACCUGUGUCGUCUUACACUUCAACUUCCCUUCGCGGAUCUCGCGAUACUGAGCUUCCGGAUUACAAACCUAUUGGCACUCCUCCGCCUUCCUAUACCCCAGCAUACAAGGCAAACUCAAGCAGCCAUCGCGUGGAUGAGGUUUGGGCAAGCCCAUGA